UCCUGGACGGAAAAGCAAACCAAGGACCCAUAUGUGCUUCUCCGGUUCAAAAGGAAAAAGGGUAAAAAUUAUGUGUUUCUCCGGUUCAUCUUGCUAAGCCGUCACAAUCCUCAACCAGAAGCAGCCAGCACCGCCGACUCGCCGAGGGUCACUACGUAUCAUUGAGCCGUCGAUAUAUGCAUAUGUAAAAGAUGGCUCAGCAUCGCCAGCCGUACGAUCCGUGGGCAGUGGAAGGAGUAAAUACGCUUUUCGUUUCGGGGCUGCCGGACGACGUGAAGGCUCGUGAGAUUCACAACCUCUUCCGCCGCCGACCUGGCUUCGACUCUUGCCAGCUCAAGUACACCGGCCGCGGCAACCAGGUUGUGGCAUUUGCUACAUUCUUCAACCAUCAAUCCGCCAUUGCUGCGAUGCACGCGUUAAAUGGUGUAAAAUUCGAUCCUCAAACUGGAUCCACAUUACAUAUUGAACUUGCAAGGUCAAACUCCAGGAGGAAACGAAAACCGGGUAGUGGACCCUAUGUUGUUAUUGAUAAAAGAUGUAAACCCACAGAAAAUGAUCAAGAAGAGUCAAGUGAUGAUGAUACAGGAGACAGUGACUCUGAUGAAACCGCAUCUGGAGGAUCCAAUAAUGAUUCUGCAGAGGAUGAUUUAGCAACCUCAAAGAGUGAGACCACCGUUGAUGCUGAAACUGCAGUAGCAGAUCUAAAUCAGGGGCAAGCAAGAAAAACUGUCGAGGGAGGUAUUCAACCGUGCUCCACUUUGUUUAUCGCAAAUCUGGGUCCAUUGUGUACCGAAGAUGAACUAAGAGAAGCUCUUUCUCGAUAUGAAGGAUUCAAUGUGAUCAAGAUGCGUGCUAAAGGUGGAAUGCCAGUUGCGUUUGCUGAUUUUCAGGAAAUCGAACAAGCUACUAAAGUUAUGGAAGAACUUCAGGGAAGCGAGUUACCAUCGUCAGAUCGAGGCGGCAUGCAUAUAGAGUAUGCUAGGUCCAAAAUGAGGAAGAGUUAGAAGUUAAAUAUAGAUGACAAUAUCGAAGGAUUAUGCUGGAACGGAUUGCCAUUGUAAUAUCUUGGGUACCAUUAGUUUUCUUUUAUUUUCUAAGUUUUAUUAUCACCUUGUUGUAAACAUGCCAAAAUUUAAAUUUAAAUAGAUCAUGCAUGGUUUCAAAACUAGUCAGAGAGAAUACAAUGGAUUACGCUUAAAUUUCUCUUA